CUCGGCCGUGCGCACACGUGCGGGCUCACGACGUCACUUCUGAUCCGACUGCACCCUGCGUCGGUUUCGCGCAGGAGAUUUCUCGAACGGGAGAGAGUUUGGUGGGAGCCGAGAUCGGUUUCAAGUGGAAAAUUCGGACGCUUGGGCGGCGUCCGUCCCACCGUGUGCGGGGCAAAAAAGAGCGUGGUGAUAUUUCGCCGUCUGGCGGCCGGACGCUCGAAUCUCUACCCGGAGCUGACAGAAACUCGGACUGUCGGAUGGCCGGCGAAAGCGCGCACAGACGACGCGGACUGCACGUCGCCUAGACAACGACAACGACGACGACCUAGUGGCCGCGCAACGCGCAUGCGUGACGACGUGCGCGUGUGCAGAUCGGAUUUGUGCAACUCGAUAGCGUUUGCGACGGGGAGUCGUGAUAACUUGGCAGACGAGAGUCAUGGGAAACUGGCGCCGCGUCCGCUCAUGGCGCAGCCAGUAGCGUCGGCGCCCGUCGCCUGUCUGAGCAGCGCGCCGCAGUUUUCCGCCGCCCCGCCCGCUAGCGCCCCCAUCGCCGCUCCGGAGAUGGACUUCCCGGAUACGAUAGAGGGCUUCGGAUAUCACUACGAUGCAGAUGGAAAGCUUGCGAAGAUCGACGGCGGCGGCGCUUUUGAGUUCAAGGUUUCGGCGAGUCCCAGUUACAAUCAGAAACGUUACGAGGCGCUGGCAGACCUGGUUGCAGAGUAUGUGCAGAAGUUACUGGAGGAUGAGUUUAAUUUCACCAGAUUGGUUAUUCCGAUCGACGGGACGAGGGACGAGCGAGCGUCGUACGUCUACGCGUCGCGCGACGCCAUGACGAAACACAAGCUGCUGCUCAUCAUUCCGGGGAGCGGGCAGGUCCUACCGGGCAUGUGGGCGAGGAGUCUGGCAAUCAAUAAGAAUCUGGAUGAGGGUACACAGCUUCCUUACAUCCGACGAGCCGUGCAGGAGGGCUACGGCAUCAUCUGCCUCAACCCCAACGGCCGACCCGUCAAGCUGGUUGCAGAGUAUGUGCAGAAGUUACUGGAGGAUGAGUUUAAUUUCACCAGAUUGGUUAUUCCGAUCGACGGGAAGAGGGACGAGCGAGCGUCGUACGUCUACGCGUCGCGCGACGCCAUGACGAAACACAAGCUGCUGCUCAUCAUUCCGGGGAGCGGGCAGGUCCUACCGGGCAUGUGGGCGAGGAGUCUGGCAAUCAAUAAGAAUCUGGAUGAGGGUACACAGCUUCCUUACAUCCGACGAGCCGUGCAGGAGGGCUACGGCAUCAUCUGCCUCAACCCCAACGGCCGACCCGUCAAGGUGAGCGGCAGUCCGGAGGAGCACCUGCUGUACGUGUGGGACCACGUCGUGGAGCGGUGCCGCGCCAAACACGUCGCGAUCGUCGCUCACAGCUACGGCGGCGUCGCCACCGUGCAUCUGGUGUUACACCGGUGGAAGGCCGUCAAGAAAAAGGUGUUUGCAAUAGCUCUCACUGACUCAGUGCAUUCCUUCAAAGUCAACCCGGCGCCGAAGAAGCAGAUGACAUGGUUAGAAACGGUCGGCAAAAACUGGGUACGGGAUACGCAGCCCGUGAACACUCCGCUACCGCUCAAGAAUGGAGAGAAAGAUUUCCCCACCUUCUCAACUGGUACUCCAGUACACGAGGAGGCGUCUGCGGCUGUGCUGAAGUACGUGUUUGAACUAUUCGCGCAGCGCUACAAGACAGUCGCGGCCGAUGCGAAGAAAUGAUAGGAGGCCAGCAGGUGGCAGCACUGAAACAUUGCGGCAACGACGCGAGAUGAGUCGCGAAUCGACCGGCAAAAGCGAUACUGCGAUAUCGGGUGCAAUCUUCACGGGGUUGCACGACGGACGAAGUACGGGCGUGGUGUUAAGAUGGAGUUAAAUCUCAGUUGGUUUGGUUUCGUGGUAAGCUGCUUUGCUGCACUGGCCUCACAGCAUUGCCUGUACAGGGAUGGUAGACCAUGUAUGCGUCUCUGCGUACAGCUUGGAUGGUGUCAGGGUGGUGAAUGUUCAAGCUCAUUCGAUUCCUCGAACUCUGAAAGUAGUUUUUUUAUUUGCGCUCUCUGUUUCUAAGUGUCACAUGAUGAGAUCAUGUGUAACUUUUUUAAUCGAUUCGAAGGAGCACGGACGGAGUGCAGCACGCGCGGGAAAUUUUCGAGUUGGUUUUUGCACGUAAGUUCUCUUUGUGGUUCAGCAAGAUUGCGGACUCAAUCAGGCAGGUGUCCGUCUGCCUGUGUUUUCUCAACGCACGUGCCGAAAUUCGUCUCGUUUCGAGAUGGGAUUCGUCUUUCUUUUGCUGUCGAAUAAGGUUAUAACCGUUGUAUCGCGCACUGAUGCACACGUACAAAUGCUGCCGUACUUUCCCAAUGACUGACGCGUCUGAAAAUUGUGAGUCUUCAUCUUUUAAUGACUUGAUUAUCCCAAUCAGUUGCUCAGUUCUGCAGCCGCAGCAUUAAAUCAUUAGCAGCCGCCGCAAUCAUGUUCAAUUACCGUGUUAAUUAUUCGGAUUUUUCUAAAAGCGUAUUUAGACAUCUGCUUGGGCAACCGGUUGGGUUGUAAAAAGCAGAGAUAUAGCUGUCAUAGACAGGGUAAAAAAAUGUAUGAUUGCCCGUUUUAAUAUCAGCAUAAAAUGCUGCAUAGAUGGCGUUGCGUUUAGGGUAAUAUGAAUGCAUUAAUAAUUAAAUAUUCUUGCUCGUACUAUUGUAAAUAAAGUUUUAGAAGAAAUAUCGUGCAUGUUUAGCAUAAUUUGUUAGAAAAACUAGUUCGAAAUCGCAUGUAAUAAAUCAUAGUUAUGUUCGAGUCGAUUAACUGCUUGCAAACCAUGUCCAUUCAACUAAAUAUUGUAUCUCACCAUAUCCAUUCAAAUAUUGAAUCUAUUAACUAUCACCAUUGAAAUGGCAAUGAAAUAAAAUAAGCGAAUGUAAUAAUAAAUAAGUGAAUAAGCGUUGAAUAGAGUUGAAAUACCGUUUUGCUAAAUCUGAUAACGGCAUGUGUAAGACUAGUAAAUUCACCUUUUCGUAAACGUCCGUCGCACAUGGUUUCAAAUGUCAAGGAUUCGCGUAUUGAGAGCUUAUCGUACGAUGUUUUAACUGGGAACGCCUGAUACUUUAUAUGUCUAUUAUUUAUUAACAUCUGUCUGCACGAAAUGUACUGUGGCAAUUUGUUUACGUGCAACCAUGUAUGUGUUAUGUCAAGAGCUUCAUCAUCGUGUGUGAUAGAUUUCUUCAUCAUGAUUUGUACGAUGGUUCUUUGAUCAAAAUUUCUGCUUGUUUUCUCGUUUUGUAUAUCGCUCAACUACCGUAAUAGAAGUUGGACUGAACGCAAUUUGCAAAAACAAUUGGCAGCGAGCAUUUUCGCGUUGCUGCUACGCCUUUCUCUCGGCAUCUUUGUCAUCAUGUCUGUCCUACGAUAACGCAAACGAUAACGCAACGAUACGCUAUAACCAAAUAUGUUCGCGUUGUAAAAAAAAUCGUUGUUGUUUGAGAUGUGCCAUGUACAGUGUAUUAUGCACGUGAACUGGCAAUAGGUGGAAUUUAUGAUACACUAUAUGUUGCCCGACGUUAAAAACAGUUGUGAUUAGUUUUUCUCUAAUUGAUUUAAAAAAUGCAUAACUGCACUGCAACUAAUAUUGCACACAGUGCUGCAUAUAAACAGAUACACGUUCAUACAUAGAUCUGUGAUGUUUACAGUUGACAUUUGUAUGUCCAGUAUUCUGGAAAAUAUUUUAGAGAUUAAUUUCAAUGAAUUAAUGCAUAUUUGAUAUUGACGUGAUGCGCUCCUGCGACUGUAAUCAUAAAAUUACAUGUAGUUAUAAUAAUGUGUAAAAAAUACAUCCGGUGGAAAAAUCGGGAAAUCCUAAUUUUCUAAAAAAAA